UUCGAGAGCUUCUUUUCCUCGCAUACCCUCUUUUUUUUUGUUUGUUACUAUCGCUACCUUGUUGCCUUGGAGAAGUCUAAUUGUUUUCCAACCCCACGGAGAGCUUCGUCCCGAAAAAUAUCUGUGUAAGAAAAGUCCUGUCGAAGCCAGCAAAAAAAAAAAGAAAUAACCCCAUACACAUUCACGUUCUUUCUCCAGGGGGUGUUUUCCUCUUUCUUUUUCUCUUGCACAACUCUCUUUAACCUCCCAAUGGUUAAUAAACGGUUACGGCUCAAGCGGGCAUUCCACAAAAAGAAAGAUGCAGACGACACCGAUGAAAAUGCGUUACAACGAACUGCCUCGACGUCGUCGUACAUGCAACAACGUCGGAAUAUCUACGUCAACAUGGACUUGCCGUCGACCGAAUUCGACGAGAAGGGGAAACGCAUCCAUUCACACUAUGUCAGCAAUCGAAUCCGUACCGCCAAAUACACACCAUUAACAUUUGUGCCCAAAAACUUGUUUGAACAAUUCCGUAAUGUUGCCAAUUUAUACUUCUUGCUGCUUGUCGUAUUGCAGUGUAUACCUGUUUUUGGCGUCGUCGAGCCUGCAGUGUCAGCAUUGCCGCUUAUGGCUAUUCUGCUUAUUACGGGUAUCAAGGAUGGCAUUGAAGACUGGAAGCGCAACCAGAGCGAUGCGCGCGUCAACAACACCAUAGUAACAAAACUGGCGCAUUGGAAUAAUGUCAAUAUUGAGGAUAACACAGGCAAUCGAUGGCAUUGGCUCUAUGUCUGCAUUGGAUUCCUUUGCAUGCUUGGCGGGGUGGAGAACAAGUACGCACACACAUAUCGCAUGGCGAUCACGACGAAGAAGCCGGCUGCUAAACCUAUCAAGCACCGCAAAGCGCCAUCCCGACGAUCAUUGACAGGCGAGUCCUCAACCGCCAGCACCAGUCAACAGCAGCACCAAUUGUCCAACAACACAAAGCAGAACGGCUCGAAAAAAUUUAUGAAUACAGUACGGCAACGGUCAGACACGUUCCGUUCAGAACUCAGCAACAUGUUCAAGGUCCAGCCUCGGCGACCCUACCGACCCGGAUCCAUCCCUCAUUCUGUCCUGUACCGUACUGCCACUGGUGACACGGCCAGCACUCGCCGCGCCUCCUCGGUCAAUCCCGCCGGGCUCCCAUGCGCCGAACGUGCACCCGGCGACGCACCGGCCCCCAAGUGCAAAGUUUUUUGGCAAGAAGUACGAUGGCAGGAUGUGAUGGUGGGCGAUUAUGUCAUGCUGCACAACAAUGACGAUGUGCCCGCCGAUAUGGUGAUUUUGUCCACAUCAGAAACCGACAACCUGUGUUAUAUCGAGACCCAGAAUUUGGAUGGCGAGACCAAUUUGAAGGCUCGCCAGGGGUUGGCCGCAACGGGUGAUCUCAAGACCGUCCAUGAUUGCGAACGUGCCCGGUUCUACAUCGAGAGUGAGCCACCGCAUGCCAAUUUAUACCAAUACAGCGGUGCGCUGCGCUGGGACAUUGACCAGCCCGAGGAUAACGAAACUACCGUGUCGCAUCAAAAGACCGAAGCAGUGACCUACAACAACAUUUUGCUGCGUGGUUGUGUUCUCAGAAACACCGACUGGCUGAUUGGCGUUGUUGUGUUCACUGGUGACGAUACCAAGAUUAUGCUCAACCAGGGCAAAACGCCGUCCAAGCGUAGCAAGAUUCAAAAGGAAACCAAUCCUCAUGUUAUUGCUAAUUUCGUCGUGCUAGCAAUCAUCUGUAUUGUCAGUUCGGUUCUGGACAGUGUACAAUUCCACGAUAGCGGGUCAGCGCCAUUUUUCGACUUUAACAUACGAGGAGAUAACGCUUCGUAUGAUGGUUUCAUGACAUUUUGGGUGACCUUGAUUUUGUACCAGAACAUUGUGCCGAUCUCUUUGUAUAUUUCCGUCGAAAUCGUCAAAACAUUUGUAGCAUACUUCAUUUAUGCAGACAUUGACAUGUACCACGAAAAAACGGACACCCCUUGCAUUCCCAAAACAUGGAACAUUUCAGACGAUCUUGGCCAGAUUGAGUACAUUUUUUCUGACAAGACUGGCACGCUCACGCAGAACGUAAUGGAGUUCCGGAAGUGCACCAUCGAUGGAGUGUCUUAUGGUCAAGGUGUAACCGAAGCUGCUUUGGGUGCCCAAAAGCGUCUACAAGGUACUGGUGAAAAGGACUUUGCCGGAGGCUUGGAUGACAGUGAGUCUGGUGUAAGCAUGUCCCAGGACGAUGAAGAUCAAAUGGGACAUGUUAAAAAGCAAAUGUACGAAAAGCAGCAAGCUCUCUUUGAGAAUACACACGUCGGUUCGCAUCCAACAUUCGGUGACUUGCAGUUCUUUGACGACUUGAAAAACCAAGGGUCGUCUCAUGCCAUGGCUAUGAUCCAUUUCAUGACCGCGUUGGCCUUGUGCCACACAGUAAUUGCCGAACGUCCUGACGACGAAAAUCCAGAAGCAAUCGAGUACAGAGCGACAUCACCUGACGAAGCUGCUUUGGUCGCCACCGCACGCGACCUUGGCUUUGUCUACCUCGGCCGAGAUGCUAACACGCUUAAUGUUGAAGUCAUGGGCGAGCUCCAGCAGUUUGAAUUGUUGAAUACUUUGGAAUUCAAUUCUACCCGCAAGCGCAUGAGCGUUAUCGUCAAGCCCCUAGAUAGCGACCGUAUUUUGAUGCUAUGCAAAGGUGCCGACUCUGUGAUUUUCGAGCGUCUGUGCACGGAUUUUGGUGACCAGACUGAACUCGAAAAGAGCCAAAAGCAAUUGCAGGAGUCAACCACUCGAGAUCUCGAACAGUUUGCCAACGAAGGUCUGCGUACGCUAUGUCUUUCUUAUCGGUUCAUCUCGCCUGAAGAGUACAAGGUGUGGAACAAGACUUACCAGGAGGCAUGCUCAAGUAUCUACAACCGUGAAGAAAAGGUCGACGAGGUUUGUGAGGAGAUCGAAACGGAUAUGCUGCUGAUGGGUGGUACGGCUAUUGAGGACAAACUCCAAGAGGGCGUUCCAGAGACCAUUGCUGAAUUGGCUCAGUCUGGUAUUCGACUAUGGGUGCUGACUGGCGACAAGACCGAAACAGCCAUCAACAUUGGCUUCGCUUGUAACCUGAUCACAAACGACAUGCGCAUGAUUAUUCUCAAGGCCGAUGACCGUGAGUCGACCAGUAAACAGCUCAAUGAUGCACUUCACCAGGUGAACAGUUCUCAAGGUCAAAAAAUUGCCCUCGUUAUUGAUGGGACAACGCUGAAGUACGCCUUGGAGCCGGCAACCCGUGAGACUAUUCUUAGAAUCGGUAUGAAGUGCGCCAGCGUCGUUUGCUGCCGUGUCAGUCCCAAGCAAAAGGCUCAAGUCGUAACUUUGGUCAAGAAGGGAUUAAAGGUCAUGACUCUGGCUAUUGGUGACGGCGCCAAUGAUGUGUCCAUGAUUCAAGAAGCCAACGUCGGUAUUGGCAUUUCCGGUGUGGAAGGUCGUCAGGCUGUAAUGGCAUCAGACUACGCUAUUGCCCAGUUCCGAUAUCUGCGCAAGCUGCUUCUUGUUCACGGUCGAUGGUCUUAUAUACGGACAGCGGAAACGGUUAUGGGUUUCUUCUAUAAGAACAUUGUGUGGACGUUCGUCUUGUUCUGGUACCAGAUUUUCUGCCAGUGGACCGGAUCUAUGAUUUUUGACUACUCACUCGUCACUCUGUACAACUUGAUUUUCACCUCUCUACCUAUUAUCUUUAUGGGCAUCUGGGAUCAGGACUUGGAUGCCGGGACAUCUCUCCGCUAUCCAGAACUUUACCGCAUGGGUCUUCGUAACGACAAGUUUAAAAUGUGGCUCUUCUGGGCCACCGUUGCCGACUCUAUCUUCCAGUCAGCUGUCUGCUUUUUCUUCCCGUACAUGCUCUUGGUCGCUGGCAAUCCGGAUAAGUCAGGCUAUAGCGUCUCAAAUGGUGUUUAUGAGAUCGGCACAGUCAUGUCAAGCAUUGCAGUUAUUGUCGCCAACUUGUUUGUCGGUCUUGCACUCUACAGCUACACGUGGAUCCAGGUGGGUAUCAUUGCACUCUCGAUCUUGGUGUACUAUGCCUUUGUCGGUAUCUAUGCGCAAUUCAACACGUUUAUUUUCGCUGGCCACGACCGUCUCUUCGCAGUCGGUUACUACUGGCUCGUAUUGAUCCUGACCGUCUUUGCAAGCUUCUUGCCUCGUGUCACCGUGCAUUACUUCUUGCGAAUAUAUUUCCCGUACGAUAAUGAUAUCGUGCGUGAAAUCGAGCUGGUGCAGCACAAGGGUCGCCGUGAAUCGCUUACUGGCAGAGAGACUGGCGUCAGCACGAAGACUACAGACAAUUAAUUCUACGUUUCAUAUCUCUCCCUGUCCUCCAUCUUUCCUCUCCUCUGUAUUUUUUCCUGUACUGCGUUUUUGGACACUUUUGUAUUUUUAUUAUUGCUUUUUAGUCUUCUAUACUCUUUCAUUUUACAUUUUUAUUAUACGCACGCUUUCACUCUCGUAACGGCCCCCUUUAUACUUCAAAACUGUACUACGUCUCUUUAACUGUAAUAAU